CGCAGAGCGGAGGAGGUCGGGAACGGAAUUCCCAGGGCUGUUCCCCCACUCCCCAACCUCCACCCUCACCCGGCCCCCAGUGCGCAUGCCAGGGAGGAAGCUCCCUUGCUCUACCCCCUCCUCUUCCUGGCACUGAGUCCAGGGGGGAGGGAGGGAGUGAGGUAGGCACUGGGGGGUGGGGGUGGAGAGCACCAGCGAUCCCCUGCACCCUGACCCCCCACCCGACCCACGCACCCACCCGGCACCCGCCGCAGGUGGGGGGUGGCCGCCCGUAGCCGCCGCCGCCGCCGCCCCCCCCGGGAGAGACGCGAUUACAAGUUGGAGCUUGCAGCUGCUUCUGGGGAGGGGGCACCAUGAACCAAGGAAAGUCGGAGGCAAAAUAUGCAGAAAGUCGGAGGCAAAAUAUGCGGAAAGUCUUCCGUCUAGAAGUGUUGUGUAAAGAGGAUGGCGGGAAUAGUGGUCCAGCAUAUCCAGAAGGCACCAGGUUGGGAAAGGCAAGAGGGUAGGCUAGUGUGGCUCCUGAGUGGUGUGAGCUUGCUGGACAGGUCACCAUCUGGAUUCUCAGAAGAAAGGCCACUGGACUGACUAUGAGUGCCUCAAGGGAAUACACCCAGCCUUAACAUCGCCUGCCACGAGGUUUGCAGCCAUGAGCAGGUGCCCAAGCGCUGAGGGAGCACAAUGAAUGGCGGCGAUGAUUGCUCUGGUGUGGAUCGAGGUGGGCGCCCGGCAGUCACACCUGUGCCUGUGGGCUGGCAGCGCAGGGUGGAAGAGGGCAGAGUGUGCUAUAUCAGUCCUAGCGGGACGAGCUUGGCUUCAUUGGAGCAGACUCGUGCGUAUCUGCUGGCGGACGGCACUUGCAAGUGUGGACUGGAGUGUCCCCUCAACGUGCACAAGGUUUUCAACUUCGACCCUGCAGCAAUGGUGAUUGGGAGUGAAGGCAGCAAGGGAGACCAAGACAUGACCAAGCUUUGCAAUCACCGGCGGAAAAUUGUGGCAAUGGCAACACUUUAUCGCAGCAUGGAGAGCCAUGGACCGCUGGGCAUGCCACAUCUGGGGCCAGGGGCUGGAAUGACUCUGCCACCUCACCCGGCCAUGCCAGGGCCCAGCACUUGCCUGCAGCAGACUCUUUCCAGCAAAGCUCCAACCAGCUUGCCCAAGGGGCCGGAUGUCUCCUUGCAAUGUCCCUCUGAUCGUUAUGGCAGUGCCUGGUCCGGUCCAAGCUCUUCCUUUCCCCGCCAUCACAACGCUUUCUUUGGGGAUGUCUUCCCAGGCCGUCUGCCACCCACUGUCAACGGCGGUGCCCGCCCAACCUUCCCGUCUGAACUGAAUGCUGCCGGGGGUUCUUUCCUACCCAGCAAGACCUCAGCAGAUGCAUUGCCCCGGCCCUAUUCAUCCAACAGUUUCCUCUUCCCCCUGCUAGAUGAGAUGGGGUCUGUUCAAGAGGGCAGCCCCUGGAGUGGUCGUUCUAUCCCUCUUGGGUCGCAGGCGAGUGCUGCCGGCUCGCCUGCCCCCACCAGCCUCUCCUCCGUUUCUUCGUCAGCAGGCAGCGCUGAGCCUUCUCCACAGCGGUCACGGCACUCCUCCGCCUCCUCCGAGCAGGGCCCCUCUGGACACCGACUGGCUUCCAGGCCCUCCAGCUUGGACGCAGCACCCCCGACCAACGCCUUAACCAACCAAAGCAGCAAUAACCUGCCCUCAGUGCCCUUAGGAGCUGCCCCAGAAGGCAAAGGACCGCCUGGCCUGCUGCUCCUUCCUCCACAGGGCCCAGGCUCUUUCCCAGCCAGCAGUUUGUUGAGCGCAGCCGCCAAGGCCCAGCUGGCCAGCAGGGGGCGUCCCGACGAGCUGGCUGCCAGCACUUUACCCAACCGCUUGCUGCUGUCAGUGGUGGGCGGGCGGACACCUCGACGGCAACGUCGCUCCCCCACUGUCCUGCGCCUGCUCAAGGAUUCCCACGCAGGGCAGGCAGGGGUCACCCAUCCUGAGGAGACACUGACCCGACACCCCUGGCCUAGGGACCAGCCCCCUGGAGGAGAGGCCAAGAAUGGACCCCCAAGCUCAGCCACCCCGGUACAGCCGCUGGCCUCUCUGCUCAGUUUGCUGGCUCCUCCCGGGAGUUCACCUAUGCCAGGCCUGCCCCCGCUUCUCCAGGCCCCUGCUGGCGACAGUCCCAAUUCUUUGCCCCCCUUCCAGGACUUCAACAGCCAACUCCUCAGCCUCUUUGGUCAGCUGGCUUCUGCGUCUUCCGAACAGAUCUCAGGGAGUUCCCCACAGACAAAACCUCCCACCUCCCCGCUUGCAUCCCAUGGACCCCCAGGUGCUGCUGCUUCGGCUUCACUCAUGACUCCCAAAGCGCCUCCCACCCCCAGCCCUGUUACUGUCACCACCAGCACAGUGGAAGGUGGGGGCGUGGGCUGCCCACUGCCCACAGGCACCGAUCCGUUCCCCUUCCUGGCACAGGAACAAGCACUGCCGUUUGGGAAUGCUCUACCUCCUGGGCUGUUCCCCCUGGGCUCCUUCCCCUUCUCGCUGACCUUGGGCCCAGAGACGCCACUUCCCCCUCUUAACCUGCAGGAGGAGCCAGACGGACAGUCCUUGUUGCCUCUGGUGCUGCCCAGCCUGGAUUUGCUACAACAGCCAAGUGGGCUCCUGGCAUCACUGUUGGCGUUGCCAGAGGCGGCUUGUGAAGGGCAGAGGGAAGCGGCGACAACGGAGCCAUUGUUGGAGCCCUUCGCCAGCUUGCCCGAAACUCUGCAGCCUCUGCUCUUCCCAGCACUUUCCACCCCUUCAGCUGUCCUAGCUUUAAACUCGGCACUGUUAGCCACCGGCCUGGGCUCUUCUGACACAGGACCGAGCCCCACACAGACUGGCCUGGCUAGCACUCCUGUGGCACCUACCUCCACUAACACCACACCGACAACUACUGAGGGUACCCCCAGUGCCUCUGGGCGUCUGAAUCCCAUAUUGCCCCAGCUUGUCAACCCGCUGCUGAGUACCACACUUCUGGGUGAUCUUCCAUCCCUGAACCCAGCCUCAGGCCCCUCACUGAUCGGAAGUCCUCUUCUCCAGGCCCAGCAGCCUCUUUUGCCACCCAAUCUGCAAGGGCCUCUCGGAAUCCAGCUUUUCCAAGGACAGCUGCCUUUACUAGCAGGCUCCAACCCCCUGGCCUGCCUCCUCCAGAGCUUACAGCUAAGCACUGGUUUCGGUGCCCCCGAGAAACUGGUGCUACCCGGUGAACCUCCAGCCUCAGCCUUGUCCAGCGUGCUCCCUGUGCCAGAGACUGAGCCAAGCCACCAGGCUAUCUUGCCCCCUUGCACGGACACUGCCUCACAAAGUGCCUUAGAGUCGCCCAGAGCCCUUGAGCCAGCCCGGCAAGGAGAAGAGGAGGCCCCCGCAGGGCAAGAAGCCAGCGGUUCCCACUCUCCCCACAAGCGGCUCAGAUGUAGCCCAGAAGAACUGAACGGGGACUCUGCCAGCAGCCUUCCGCGAGGAUCACUCCGGGGCAGCAAGACUGGACGGCGUGGGGGUGGGCGGGGGCGGGGCAGGCGGCACUUCAAUGGCCAGCUUCCUGAGUUGGGCACAGGACAUCUGUCGCAUCCCACCUGGCGUUGCAACGGGGAAAUGGUGGCUAGCAGUGCAGAAACCCAAGCAGGUCCUUUUGCUGUUCAGGAGAUAAAGGGCCCUCCAGGUAGGCGACCAGCCCGACGUGGCCGAAGGAGGAAAAGCAGUGGUGUCCGGCCCAGUACCCGACCUGAGACUACACGGAUUCGGGGUCCUAGCAUUGAUCCAGGGUCCAGCCCAUUGGUUGACUACACUGUUGCUCGCCGGCCUCGGCCUGGCCGGCCUGUGAAAAACAGGAGGAGAAAUUGGCCACAUAACACUGCCUGAACCGAGGGGUCUCCACCACUGUCCAUUCUUAAGCAAAGAGAGCUUGGGACAUCUCUCCCCAUCCAUGACCCCCUUCCAUCUCUGGGGCCCAGCCUACGGGUGUAACCCAAAGGAGGGGAGGAAAUACCAGCAAAAGGAUCGGUUGUUGCUGAUGGCUCUGAGCAUCUUGACCAUGAAUGUGUUUUAGCUUCACCACUUGCCUGGAUCCGGAAUCUUUUGCCAGAGGGAUCUCUAAAAGCACACGGUGCA